CUGACGUGGGCUCGACACCUUUCUCAGCUUCUCCCUCCCGCAGCUCCAGUGCUCGAGCUUCGGCUCUCCCGGUUCCCCAACCCCUUCCCCUCCCCUACUAACCCCGCUAGAGCCCAGUAGGGACCCUCCCUAUCCUCGACCCCACCCUCGGUCCCGUCAGCUACCUUCCUCCUCCCCAGUCUCCUCGCUUGGGGUCCAGCUAGCCCGGUGGACCCAGGCACCCGAGCAAGAGGGUAACCCAGGCUACCCGGUACCUUCAGCUCUCUCGGCCCCACCCCCUGCAACCGGAGCCGCGCCCCCCUCUACCACAAAUCCAAGAGCAGGGGACAGAGGAGACUGAGCAAAGGGGGGUGGGGUCCAGGCAGCCUCUAGCCCAAUCUGUCCCUCCAUACCAAGAGGGCAGAGAAAUUGUCUUCCUUUACUGACUCCUGCCAGGAAAAAAAAAUUAGGGAAAGAUAAAAGGAGACGGGGGAAAGGUGGCAACCAGAUUAUUUGGGAGAGAGGCACAGAGGAGAGAGAUCGGGGUGAGUCGCCAUGGGGACUCCCAGCAUCCAGCACCCACCGCCUCCCCAGCUGCUGUUCCUACUUCUGCUGAGCUGUCCCUGGAUUCAGGGUCUGCCCCUGAAGGAAGAGGAGAUACUGCCAGAGCCUGGAAGUGAGACUCCUACUGUGGCCUCCGAGGCCCUGGCAGAACUGCUCCAUGGAGCCCUGCUGAGGAGGGGCCCAGAGAUGGGCUAUCUGCCGGGAUCUAAUCCAGACCCCACGCUAGCUACCCCUCCAGCCGGCCAGACUCUUGCAGCGCCCUCCCUGCCACGGGCCACUGAGCCAGGGACAGGGCCUUUGACAACAGCUGUAACCCCUAAAGGGGUCAGGGGGGCAGGCCCCACCGCGCCAGAGUUGCUGACCCCACCCCCAGGAACUACAGCCCCGCCCCUGCCCGGCCCGGCCUCCCCAGGCCCGCCCCUUGGGCCUGAGGGAGGCGAGGAGGAGACCACCACCACUAUCAUCACUACGACUACUGUCACCACUACGGUGACCAGCCCAGUUCUAUGUAAUAACAACAUCUCCGAGGGCGAAGGCUACGUGGAGUCUCCAGAUUUGGGGAGCGCCGCCAGCCGUACCGUAGGACUCCUGGACUGUACUUACAGCAUCCAUGUCUAUCCUGGUUAUGGCAUCGAGAUCCAGGUGCAGACGCUGAACUUGUCUCAGGAGGAGGAGCUCCUGGUGCUGGCUGGUGGGGGGUCCCCAGGCCUGGCACCCCGGCUGCUGGCCAACUCCUCCAUGCUGGGAGAAGGACAAGUCCUGCGGAGCCCAACCAACCGGCUGCUUCUGCACUUCCAGAGCCCACGGGUCCCAAGGGGCAGUGGCUUCAGGAUCCACUAUCAGGCCUACCUCCUGAGCUGUGGCUUCCCUCCCCGGCCGACCCAUGGGGAUGUGAGUGUGACAGACCUGCACCCUGGGGGCACUGCCACCUUCCACUGUGAUUCAGGCUACCAGCUGCAAGGUGAGGAGACCCUCAUCUGUCUCAACGGCACUCGGCCAGCCUGGAAUGGUGAAAUCCCCAGCUGCAUGGCAUCCUGUGGUGGCACCAUCCACAAUGCUACACUGGGCCGCAUUGUGUCCCCUGAGCCUGGGGGAGCUGCAGGGCCCAACCUCACCUGCCGUUGGGUCAUUGAAGCAGCCGAGGGACGCCGGCUGCACCUGCACUUUGAGAGGGUCUCACUGGAUGAGGACAAUGACCGGCUGAUGGUGCGCUCAGGGGGUAGUCCCCUAUCCCCUGUGAUCUAUGACUCAGACAUGGAUGAUGUCCCAGAGCGGGGUCUCAUCAGUGAUGCCCAGUCCCUCUAUGUGGAGCUGCUCUCAGAGACACCUGCCAAUCCCCUGCUGCUGAGCCUCCGAUUUGAAGCCUUUGAGGAGGAUCGCUGCUUCGCCCCCUUCCUGGCACAUGGCAACGUCACUACCACAGACCCUGAGUACCGUCCAGGGGCACUGGCAACCUUCUCGUGCCUCCCAGGAUAUGCCCUGGAACCCCCUGGUCCCCCCAAUGCCAUCGAAUGUGUGGAUCCCACAGAACCCCACUGGAACGACACAGAGCCAGCCUGCAAGGCUAUGUGUGGAGGGGAGCUGUCGGAGCCAGCUGGUGUGGUCCUCUCUCCUGAUUGGCCCCAGAGCUAUAGCCCUGGCCAGGACUGCGUGUGGGGCCUGCACGUCCAGGAAGAGAAGCGUAUCUUGCUCCAAGUUGAGAUCUUGAAUGUGCGCGAAGGGGACAUGCUGACACUGUUUGACGGGGACGGUUCUAGCGCCCGAGUCCUGGCCCAGCUGCGGGGACCUCAACCACGCCGCCGUCUCCUCUCCUCUGGGCCUGACUUAACAUUGCAGUUCCAGGCACCGCCCGGGCCCCCAAAUCCAGGCCUGGGCCAGGGCUUCGUAUUGCAUUUCAAAGAGGUCCCUAGGAACGACACGUGCCCGGAGCUGCCACCUCCGGAGUGGGGCUGGAGGACGGCGUCCCACGGGGACCUGAUCCGGGGCACGGUGCUCACCUACCAGUGCGAGCCUGGCUACGAGCUGCUGGGCUCCGACAUUCUCACCUGCCAGUGGGACCUGUCCUGGAGCGCUGCGCCUCCCGCCUGCCAAAAGAUCAUGACUUGUGCCGACCCUGGUGAGAUCACCAACGGACAUCGUACUGCCUCGGAUGCUGGCUUCCCUGUUGGCUCGCAUGUCCAGUAUCGCUGUCUGCCAGGAUACAGCCUGGAGGGGGCAGCCGUGCUCACCUGCUACAGCCGGGACACAGGCACACCCAAGUGGAGCGACCGAGUCCCCAAAUGCGCCUUGAAGUACGAGCCAUGCCUGAACCCCGGGGUUCCUGAGAAUGGCUACCAGACGUUGUACAAGCAUCACUACCAAGCAGGCGAAUCUCUGCGCUUCUUCUGCUAUGAGGGCUUUGAGCUUAUCGGCGAGGUCACCAUCACCUGUGUGCCCGGUCACCCCUCACAGUGGACCAGCCAGCCCCCGCUCUGCAAAGUGGCCUAUGAGGAGCUCCUGGACAACCGAAAACUGGAAGUGACCCAGACUACAGACCCGUCACGACAGCUGGAGGGUGGGAACCUCGCCUUGGCUAUCCUGCUGCCCCUAGGCUUGGUCAUUGUCCUUGGCAGUGGAGUUUACAUAUACUACACCAAGCUUCAGGGAAAAUCCCUCUUCGGCUUCUCGGGCUCCCACUCCUACAGCCCCAUCACUGUGGAGUCGGACUUCAGCAACCCGCUGUAUGAAGCUGGGGAUACACGGGAGUAUGAAGUUUCCAUCUGAACCCCAAGACUAAGGCUGCAGGACCCAGGACGCCCCUCCCCUCCUCAUUGGGGGCAGGGGGAGCACAGGACCUGAUCUCUGCCUCCUGGCUCCCCUCGUCCCUGGCUGUGUAAAUAGUCUCCCCAUCCCAUGAGGGGGCUUUGAUGGCCCUGGAGACCUUACAGUAAAUAAACCAGCAUCCUGCCGCCCAAAGCCUCCUCUACUCAGUUGCCAAACAAGGGGCUUGCCCCCAACCUACUGGCUUUUGGACCCUGGGAGGGGAACUCAGCCCCCCUGCAACUCUCGGGCCCCUCCAGCCCAGGGUACCCCCCUCAAGGACUGCCCCUCAUAGCUCUACUGUUCCCGUGGCCAUUAAGGCCCUCCCCUCCCAGAUGCCCUGGCCCAGGCCUGACUCCUGGGCCAUGGAGGGUCAGAAGGAUGAAGAGGAGAGCUGGGACAAGGUCCCGCCCCCUUCCUGCCAUCUCCCCAACCCACAAUCUCUCUACUUUUGCUUCUGGAUUCUUGUUUUUGAGCAAUAAACAGAAAAUCACCACUUGUAA